AUUUCUCUAUAUAUACGCACAUUUGCCUCCGCUUACUCUUGUUCAAACAUUUCUUCAUCUUUCAAAUACAAAAGAAUAAAAAUAAACCCCUAAUAAAAUUAUCCUUAUCUUCAACCAAGAAAUGGGAGAAGUUCAAGAAGGUGCCAAAGUUGAACAAGAGAAGAAGCCGGCAGCCACCGUAGUCGCAGCUGAGACUACAGACAGCAAGCCAAAGAGCGGUGGAGGAGAUUCUGCGGCAGCUCCGGCCGCUGCCACGGCGGUUGUCUCUGCCUUUGUUUACAAAGUUGAUAUGCACUGCGAAGGCUGCGCUAAGAAGAUCAAGCGAAUGGUGAAACACUUCGGUGGAGUGAAAGAUGUGACGGCGGAUACUGGUGGGAAUAAGCUUACGGUGGUCGGAAAGAUUGACCCGGUGGUUCUCCGGGAGAAGUUGGAGGAGAAAACUAAGAGAAAAGUGGUUCUCGCGAAUCCACCGCCACCUUCACCACCUAAGGAAGACGUACCUCCUGUCCCCACUGCCGUCGAAGAGAAGAAAGCUGACGGUGAAGAUAAGGCGGCGACUCCUCCUCCUCCUCCUCCUGCUCCGGCAGCUCCAAAAGAGAGUUCGGUGGCUUUAAAGAUCAGACUACAUUGUGAAGGAUGUAUUCAGAAAAUCAAGAAAAUAAUAUUGAAAAUCAAAGGGGUCGAAACGGUGGCUGUUGACGGAGCUAAAGAUGUGGUGACAGUGAAAGGAACAAUGGACGUUAAAGAACUAGUGCCUCUACUCACCAAGAAGCUCAAACGAACCGUUGAGCCUCUUGUUCCCGCCAAGAAAGAUGACGGAGCCGCCGAGAAAAAGAAGACGGAAGCCGCCGCCGCUCCUGAAGCAAAGAAAGAGGCUCCUGCCGCUGUAGUGAAUGAAGCAAAAAAGGAAGUAAGUGACGGUGGAGAGAAGAAGAAAGAGGCUGGUGAUGGCGGAGAGAAGAAGAAAGAGGCUGGUGACGGCGGAGAGAAGAAGAAAGGAGGUGGAGACGGCGGAGGAGGAGGUGCGCCGCCGCCUGUGGCGAUGGUGAAUAAGAUGGAUUACUAUGGAUACUCAUCUUAUCCGACGGCUCCUAUGUAUUGGCAAGAAGGACACGUGUACGGUCAGAGUUAUUCAAUGGGAGUUCAGGGUUAUCCGAUGGCAGGUCAGGGUUAUCCGAUGGCAGGUCAGAGUUAUCCAGGUUCAGGAUACAAUUACGCAAGUGAGAGUUACGUGCCGUACUCGCAGCCAAACAUGAACGCUCCUCCUGGUCCUGGGAUGUUCAGUGAUGAGAACCCCAACGGUUGCUCCGUUAUGUAAUCAUGGGGUUAAAUUGUAAAUAUAAAAAAUUCUAAGGGUUAAAACAUAAAUGUGGGAACACAAUGUACCAACUUAGGUGAAAAUUUUGAAAGGCUGAGUCUGAGCCAGCGGGUUCUGACGUGUAACAUUUGUUCCUUUGUUAGUUUAGUUUCUUUAAUGUAAUAAUUAAUUGCUUUACUUUAAUUGUAGUGUCAGCAAACAAAUAACAAUAAUAAUGUAAAAUGAUGAAAAAGGAAUAUAAAUUAUCUUUCAGGAUUAUG